GCCGGGAGGAACAACUUCCGUCUCCCCCCAGUUGGCAGCUGUUUCCGCUUCCGUGCGGGGCGGGUUCAAAGGUCGUGCGUUUCCAGGUGGCGGAAGAGCAAAAGCUGGCGAGGGGGUUUUUUAGAAUGGCUUCCUUUGGGUGGAAGAGGAAGAUUGGUGAGAAGGUUUCGAAGGCCACUUCCCAACAGUUUGAAGCUGAAGCUGCUGAUGACAAAGGUCUAGUUGAUAAUGAUGAUGUUGACUGGCUCCAUGCCACUAAGAGAAGAAAGGAGAUUCUGUUGGAAGACUGUCUGGAGAAAAGUAAACAGCUGAAAGAUGAAGGUGCACGUUUGGCUGAAAAUAGGAGGUACUGGGAAGCUGUUCACAAAUGGGAUGAAGCACUUCAGUUAACUCCAGAAGAUGCUGCACUUUAUGAAAUGAAAUCACAGGUCUUGAUGGCUCUACAUGAGAUGUUCCCAGCAGUGCAUGCAGCAGAAAUGGCCAUCCAGAGAAAUCCACAUUCUUGGGAGGCAUGGCAGACUUUGGGACGUGCCCAGCUUGGAUUAGGAGAAAUAGGACUGGCAAUUCGCAGCUUUCAGGUGGCCUUGCACAUCUAUCCAAUGAGCCCUGAACUAUGGAAGGAAGACCUUACCUGGGCAAGAAAGCUGCAUGAACAGCAAAAGAAAGCAACAAAGACUAAGGCGACGCAAGCAGAGGCAAAAGAAGCAGAUGUUGCCCAUGAAUCAAUUCCAGAUUAUGACUUUGAAAGUGAUGAGAUUGUGGCAGUUUGUGCAGCUAUCGCAGAGAAGGAGAAAACUGUUUCAGCAACUAAAACAGUAGUGAUUGUGUCUGCUUCAGGCACAGUAGAGACCGUAACUGAGAAGGAGGAAUGUUCGACAACCCCCGAUGAUACCGUUUUUAUCAGAGCCCGAUAGUGCAGCAUAAUCUUUUGCUAGUAUUCUUUGGAAAUCUAACGUUACUUAUCAAGUGUUGGAAGAAUUCUUUUUAGCAGCAGUGGAACAGGGUAAAAUAGAAGGGGUCAUUAUUUCUGAAGUAGCUUUUUCAGAGGAAAAGGGUUUUAAAGAAAAUAUGACAAAACGACAGAUAAGCAAAGACCUGAAUUUCUGCUGCUUCCAUACUAUCAACUACGUGUUGAUAUUAAAACCCAUAUUGUAAGACUUCACACAUACAAUUUGAAAACACGGAUUACAUUAUCAUAACUGCUUUCAUCCAACUCAAUUUCUUAAUUGCACAGUCUAAACAACAUCUGCUGUUUCUCCUGUAAUUAAUUAUCAGAUACUUAAAAAGAAACUGGAAAAGAGAAAGGUGAUUUAAGUAUUACAGCUCAAACCUGUUAAUAAUUAACAUUAUAGAUCAACACAAUUGAAGUGUGACUCUGAAAGCUUGUUCUCAGAAGUCUUUAUUUUCAAUAGAGGAUAGGGUUUUUUAUGAAGAAGUUACAGAUCACAGAUAGUCCUUGUAAACCUGGGGUCAGAUUCCAAGCCUACUGAGGUCAGGGGAAAGAUUCACAUUGAUGUCAGUGGGCAUUGGAUCAGGCACUUCAUGCAUUAUUUGGAGGGUGGUGCAAAACCAAGCAACAAUUACACCACACACAUUCAGGCACUAUUAAAUAUUUAACUUGCACCUACAGAAGAAAGGACAUUCAAAAUUGAGACUGGAACUGCUCUUACCUUGACUCAUCCCAGUAUACGUAAGUAUAUCGCCUUAUACGCAACAGUACAUAAAAUGUUAGGAGUCCGCAGUGCACAAUGGGGAAUGGAUUAGGAAUAGAUCUUUAGAUGCAACUUUUUUGUGCUAUGGUGAUUUUACAGCAAGACUACAAAGAAGGGAAUCUAUUGCUGUGUUGUGUGGUCAGGUUCCUUGUGGUAUGGCACUGCACUCAUAAAGAGUUCGAUGAUUUUUUGUUUUUAACAAGCCACUUAUUCUGGAUAGCAUCUCUUUUUAUUUCUGUUGCUUUGUGGGGGCUGUGUACACUUGCUAAAAUAUAUGAACAAAAUACAUCUUGUGCUGCACACGAGGAACACAGGAUGCUUCAUUUCGUUUGCUUGCUGGUUAAUUCUAAAAUUUCAGUAAUUCAUAAUGGGUCUCCCUUUCGUGGGUGGGGUUCUAAUGUAUAGAGCACCCAUAUAUGGGAGAUGUGUGUGUAUAAUCUUUCCCUUCUGUGACAAAAAAUAGUUAAAGCUCUUCCUUUGUAAUUUGGAAAGCAUAUUUUGUCCAGGGCUGAUAUUCAUAGGCUAAAUUUCAGCUCAGAUAAAAUUUUCCUUAAUCCGUCAAAGACAGGCUUUAUAAUAGAAUUACUGAUAAACCUAUACUUGUUGGAUCAACAGGCACUGUAAAACUGUUGUACUAUAUAUGUUAAUAAGACCGUCUAUACAGCCAUGAAAGGGUCAUCCUGUUAUUGCACAGCCUCAAGAGAAUCUGUGUUCCACUAGGGUAAUGUUGGCACUGAGAGGAAUCAGAGCAGAUCUUUCAGGUACAGGGAAGUUCUCCUACUUGAAGAUUUGUGCAUGGGGCUGUAAUUCUACUUGUAUGUAUUGGUAGGAUAUAUUUGCUAUGUCUCACUUGGAUAGAAUUGGACUAGAUGACCUGAUAUGUCUUUUCAUUCUAUGCCUUCCAGUGUAUGCUACAUUCAUGGGUGCAAAGGGUUUUCCUCCUUCCUCCUGUCCCAAGUUUAUAUAAACCCAUAUCUGCUCCCAUUGAAAUUAAUUGGAAAUUAAUGGUUCAGGGUCAGGCUCAUGAAAGGAUGCCCUUGCAUACUGUCAACUUGGGUGGAUUUUAGACCAGGUUUGAGAGGUCAGCACUUACAUCCCAAGUGUGCAGAACAUGCGUUUCCCUCUGAUUAGAUUAAAUUAGAUUAUUACUUCCAAGUAGUGAGGUGAGCAAUAACGUCUUGUAUGAAGGAGCACCUAGCACGCUUCUUGUGUUGGUGUGUUAUUCCCAAAUUGGGAAGUUUGACAUCUGGUGGUAUGAAGCUCAUUCUAAUGUUGUACAGUGUGUUGUGCUUUGCAUGCUUAGGUCUUGCUUGUUGGAUAUCUCCAUAUUGUAAAUAAAGCGUGGACUUCCCUGCUCAUCA